AUGUCUACUCCGAUAUGGGUCUUACAGCGUCCGAGCAUGCUCUGGUGUGUCAGCACGCCACAACAUGAACGUGCCCAGUCCGCAUAUGAAUCGCGGUCUACGGACUUCUAUGGAGGACUUCACAGCGAGAACAGCGCGACUUUUGAGGUUGCUUUUCGGGACGGAGCGGGAUCAGUAGAGAGUACCUGUAAAGCUGCACCUCUGCACAAACUUGCUCUGAGUGGUGCGGCGACGGUUUUCUGUGCAAGUACAUUAUACCUCCUAAGACGCCAUUCCGGCAUGAAUGCUCCUGACCCUGCUGCGGUGACCAGUGACGAGAUGGGGGGGUCAAGCAACAAAACCCAACAGGAGAUGCCGUUGGACAGCUCUACGUACGCGCUCGCGCAUCUGCGUGUCGACGGGCGGCGAUGGAACGAAUUGCGGUGCAUCUCGGGUCAGAUGUCCACCCAGGCGGCUGCUGAUGGCAGCAGCUAUUUCGAGAUGGGAAACACCAAAGUCAUCUGCACCGUCGUCGGUCCCAGGCAACAGACGAGGUCGGGCGGUGGCGGUGGACGUGAUCAGACGAAGGAGGCGAGCAUCGAGGUAGAGAUUGGCAUUGCUGGCUUCAGCGGCAUGGAUCGGAAAAAAAGGUCGCGGUCAGACAAGCGAACGCAAGAAAUGCAGUACACCAUCUCGUCUGCUUUCGCGAGCACCGUCUUUACCUCCCUCUAUCCGCAGUCGACCAUCAGCAUUGUCCUUCACGUGCUGUCGCAGGACGGAGCUCUGCUGGCUGCCUGCUUGAAUGCUGCAACACUGGCAUUGAUUGAUGCUGGUGUCCCGAUGAAGGACUACGUUGCCGCCUGCACCGUCGGCUCUACUGCAUCGUAUGCAUCGAACGAGGAAGAAGCGGAUCCAUUGUUGGAUCUGAAUGGGUUGGAAGAGCAGGAACUGCCAUUCAUGACUGUCGGCACGAGUGGAGGUGAAGACAUGGUGAAUGUGCUGAUUAUGGAGACGAGAGUCCAGAUGGCGAGAUUGCAGGCGAUGCUGUCAGUCGGGCUAGAUGGCUGUAAGCAAAUACGGCAGCUUCUCGACGGCAUCGUUCGCGAGCAUGGCAAGAAGCUACUGAAGUCGAAGUGAGUUGGAAAUGCACGUGUUGGACUUGCACUUCCGCUGCUUCUGAUCAUCACUUCUGGCUUGAGGUUACUCUGUCUCGGCCGAUGCAUCGGCAUACCAGGCCCCAUGCUUGGAUAGAGAGUCUGCCCCAGCGAGCAGUGCUCUCACUCAAUCUCCGGUGUCUCCAGAAGACGAGUCAUCGCACAGUGAGUACAUGGCACGAUUCCCGUUCAAGUCAUAUACGGUGUCGUUGUCUAGCUCAAGCGUGACGAUAGGUUCGACUUUCUUCUGUACCUAAAGAUGAAUACCAAGCUUCGCAGGGAAGUGGAAGCCAGAGUACUGUAAAACUUAAGCCAGCACUACCUGGUAAUGAGGUACAAGCUUUGCCAUUCCUCUCGAAUGUGCAUUGUGUGCUCAGGAGUUCCUUGCCCGAUCCAGCCCGUUGCCAUCGUUGCGGAAAGCUCGAUUGGGUACGAUACUGGACAAAAUACACUGUUGUAGAGUUUGCGAUCGUACGAACACCACAGAAUUUGUAGGAGGUAGCAUAUUUCGAAGGUCGUGGCGAUCUCCUACAUCCGUCUAGUACAUGCACACAAGGAGAUCCGAAUCGCCCGGCCGCAAACGAUUGCUAGGUCUUCACAAGUUCCCGCAGUCGAAUUACAUUCCGCAAAGUGUCACGCCAUUGUGAAGCUGGUAGCAGCAGCAGCAGCAGCAGCAACACAACGAACGUUGUGACCAAUGUUUGACAGCGGCAGCGCGCAUGAGAGAAAGGUCUCACAAGACAAACUAGCGGCAGCAGUUGAGAGAGCUGCAAACGUGGUACGGCAGAUUUGACAGCUGCGGGCCGAAAGGUGGUGCGUGAUUCUGCAACUGCAAGGCUGUUUUUUUAGGUGUUACGGUCCACAAAACAAAAAAAAACACAGCAAAAGCAAGGCUCCCUGUACGUUUUCGCGUGAAUGCAUGCAAAAGGCGGCCGCCGUCCAGACACGUAUUCCUUGAAUGCGGGUCGCACAGCCGAUUAAUAAUGCAUCAGCCACGUCCCAAGGUGAAGGAUUUGUUGAACUGCGCAGCUGUACAGUACAGUACUCGCAUACCGACUAUUCCAGGCCAGAGUAGGACCUCGGUGCUCAAACAAGAAAAGUCCAGAAGCUAGGGUAGACGAAUUCGUCCUCGAGGAUGCGUUGGACCUGUUCGAGGAUAAACUUUUCAAUCUUACCCACAUUCUUGAGCACUUGUUUUCCACUUUCCGUCUCGCCCAUUUCGCUUUCGAUCCUUAUGUCUUCGAGUAAUGCGCCCACUCCCCCUGACUUUACCUCGUGUCCCGAUGGUGACUGUCGGUUGUCAGUGUGCUUCUCGUCGUCGAGAGGAUCUAGAGCGGGCUCCUUCCCGACAAGAGCUUCUGCAUCUUCGGGGCUCAAAAAGCACAGAUGGGCUCUUUUCUUGAUGUAGGCGAGAAUACCCACUCCGUUGAACGUGAGGCCAGUGAUCUUCAGCUUCAGGGGAAUGCCUACGAAGCUUGGCAUGGGAUAGUCUAAGAAAACGUCGGCAGUUAGCGACAGCUUAAUGUCGCCCGCGUAAGUUGCGUGAAAGACGAUCUGGGUAUCCUCCGGGCUCCUUUCGGGAUGGUCGUGUCUGGGUAAGGGCGUGGUCUCGUCCAGCUCGUCCAACAUGGCUGGGCUGGGGGGCUUGUCGAGGUAUGAUGAAAGAUCUUGCGACGACAUCCGCGUGGCUGUGGAAGGAGGGUCGGAACUGAAGGAAUCAGCAUGGCGAUGCUGAGGCUUUGCUGCAGCAGUAGCCUGAGUGUUUGAGAAGUGUGCACCAGCUACAGCAGCCAGAGGAGUCUGGGUCCCUGGUAGCCCAGCAGACAGAGGGAGAUGGAAGUAGCCCAGAUUGGAAGUAGCGCCCAGUAUGCCUGGAGUCGUUCCUCGAGUGAGCCCGCUGAUUGCCGAGUGAUCAAGGAUAUCUAGCUCCGAUUGACGACGUGAGCCGUCUGUACCUCGCACAUGUCGCGGCUGCGCAUGGCGUGUUUCGGGAUCUGCCACGGUAUGAGCUUCGUUUGGGUCCUGUACAGAAUCAUUAUCAUCAUCGUUGUCGUCGUCGUCGUCGUCUGUCUCGUAGAAGUCGGGAAGGGGAUCGCCAAUAUCCUUGAGGACAAUCUCGGGAGGUAUGUUGCCAAACUCAAACCCAUGGACGGUGACCGAACGUAUCAGCUUCGGCAGCGCGAUGGACUGAAAGCGCUGAUGAAUGAACUCUCUGAUUGUUUCGGCCAGUGCUUCACCAUCCGGCCCGCCCGUGAGCUCGUUCCAAUUGAUGUCAACAGACAUUGGAAGCGGGUUCGGAGGGCAGAGUGUUCACUCCAUGGUGUGGAUCGUACCUAGGUAGUGCUGAU